AAAACUAGUAAAUUUUGAUGCCUUUAUUUCUUUCUUUUGCCUUAUGAUAAAACUUUUAUAUCCUUGUAGGCUUGUAGCUAUGUAUUGAGUUUCAAGACAUAUAAUAUUACUUAUUCUGUUAAUGAAAAAACCCUAAAGUACCCCUACCUAAAAUGUACGAUCUCGUCAUGACCAAAGACACGAUACUCUCCCUAUAUCCAUCCGAUCCACGUGAUACAAAUCAUCAAUACACUUGUCACCAUCUUGUAUUUACAUAAAUACAAAUUUGCCCUUCAAAAACAAUAAAUUUACCACUUUUUGGCAUUAUAAAUAGGCUAGGUUUUGGGCUUAUGGAUUCAUCAACCCAUUUUGCAUCCAAUAUUCCCAAACUUUCCUUAACAAGCUAGAAUCAUGGCCAGUGUCGUAAAAAAGACCCUUAAGACUCUCCUCCAUUCUGAUGAGGUUGAGAACAACCCCUUAACCAUGACUGAUGAGCAAAUUUUGGAACAAAUUUACUCAACUCAUGUUCACAAUAGUGACACUAAAUUUGAUGCAGUUUCUCUUUUCACCCUUGCUCAUAACACUCUUGCACGUUCAACACACAUUGUUGAUAGUGUUGUUCAGGGUACCAAAGUUAGCUUGGAGCAUACAGAUGAAAAGUCUCUGAUCCCAAAUUUUAGUUCACCACUCUGCACCCUCAAACAGAUUUCUUCUGAGUUGUCAUGCAAGCAACCAAGUGAGGUAACUGCACACAAAACAACUUUGGCCAUAUUGAACAAUCUCUCACACUAUGAUUGGGAAGCAAAAGCAGUUCUCACACUCUCUGCAUUUGCACUUGAAUUUGGUGAAUUCUGGUUGCUUGAACAACAUUUACCAACAGACCCACUUGCCAAAUCUGUUGCUUUUCUCAAAAGAGUUCCGAUUCUCACAAAGCCUGCUGCGAUACAAAAACAUCGUCAAGCCAUUACUGAGCUUAACAGUUUGGUGAAAAUCACUGUGCAAGUGUUGGAAUUUAUACUGGAAUUGGACAACCUUAAUGAGAGGUAUGACACAAAGGUUGUUCCUGCUUUGGAGGUUGCUGUUGAACAAAUCCCUGUUGAUGUCUAUUGGACCAUCAUCACUAUUGCUGCCAUUGUUACUCAGUUGGAUUGCCUCGUCACUGAAUCGGAGCAUAAGCAAGAACUUUCCCACUAUGGUCAAAAGAUCAACAUCAUCCUCAUCAGACUAAGGAAGCAUAUCACUCUCGCUCGUCAACAGAUAGAUACAGCAACGUACAUCCAACAACUUAAGAAACUGUUACAAACUCCAACUGAGAUAACUGUGGUGCUUUCGUUUCUGAUUUUUCCUAAGGGUGUUCCACAAUUGCUUUACGAUGGUGCUACCAAGACCACGGUUGACAUUAAUGUUGUCCUAAAAAAGAAGAAUGUGUAUCUGUUCAUUUCAACUCUAGAUGUCACAGAUGAAGAAAUUACAGCAGUAAGAACAGUGUAUGAAUCUAUCAAAACAAAUGAACAAUACAAAAUUGUUUGGAUUCCAAUUGUGGAAACAUGGAACGAACAACUCCACAAGAAAUUCGAGAUUUUGAAGAGCAAGAUACCGUGGUAUGUGGUGUCGAAUGUUGAAAACAUUGCAGGAUUUAAGUUCAUUAAUGAAGAAUGGGACUUCAAAAAGAAAACUACUUUUGUGGUGUUUAGUCCUCAAGGAAAAGUUCAACACCCAAAUGCAUUUCAUUUGAUUAAAGCUUAUGGAAUUAAGGCUUUCCCUUUUACACUUGUUGAUGAAGAAAGAAUACAAAAAGAAAGGAAUUGGCUUGUAUCUGUUGUAGGUACCAUUGACCGCAACAUAACCACAUCGAUUGAACAGGGCAAACACAUUUUCUACUAUGGAGGUCAUGACAAAGAAUGGAUCCAACAAUUCACUAAGUAUGCAACUGCUCUAUCCAACGAUGCAACAAUAAAAGAGGCAAAGAUUUCCAUUGAGCUCUUCUAUGUUGACAAGGAAGACAAAAACCUCAUAAGUCGUUUUUGGGGCGGAAUUGAGAGUCUCUUUGUGACUAAAAUUCACAAAACAACUGAUGUAGUGACUCAAGAAGUUCAAAAAUUGUUGUCCUACAAAAAUGAAACCGGUUGGGCUCUCCUUAGUAAAGGACCAUCUGUGGUAUUGAGUGGUCAUGGUUCUACAAUUCUCAAAACUGUUGCUGAAUUUGAGAAAUGGAAAGAUCUUGUGAUUAAGAAAGGGUUUGAAUUUGCAUUCACAGAGUAUCACACUAGUGUUGCUCGUGUGACUCAUCGUUGCUCACACCUUGAAGUUCCUAUUGUUGCUGGAAAGUUACCUGAGACUAUCAAAUGUCCUGAUUGUCCAAGUACCAUGGAAAUUUUCAUUAGCUAUAAGUGUUGCCACAAUAAGACCAAUGCAAAUUCUAAACAUUAGGAUUCAUUGUGGCUUUAGGAAAGUGGGUUUUGUUGUUUGAUGUUGGAAUAAGAGUGUGGGACAUUGAUCAACCUUUUGGUUAUUAUGUCUCAUGCCACUUUGUCAUAAAAUAAAUUAAAAUGUGUCUGUCUAUGUAACUCUUUUGUGUUGUGUUGUUUUCAGUACUUUGUUUGUGUUAUAAUCUUGAAGUGUUUGUAUUUCAGGUUAAGGUUCAGUUUGUGUAUCAAUGUUUGCUUCAUAUCAAUAAUAUUUGUUAUUUCUAUCUCA